GAUAUACAAGAAGAAAUAACAAAGAAACAAGAUCCAAAGAUACAGUGUGUCUGUGUGUUUUAUUGUUACAGAAAACAUGGGGAGAUCGAUUUUACUGCGACUGGCCCGAUCCCAAGCACGCCACCAUCUUUCUUCUUCUAAAUUCCAAACAGGCUUCUAUCCACAGAAACUCGGAAGAUGUCUAACUCAGAAAACUCACACUGCGACCCCCUACUUUAAUCCUGCAAACCAUCUUCCUGCUUUGCAGAAAAGAUGGGCAUCUCAAUCUGCUGCUGCAGAAGAUUCAGGCAAGAUUACCAUUGGACCUCCAAAAGGUGCCGAUUCAGAAAAUGAUGACAAAGAUUCAGGAGUGGUCUACCAUGGUCCAAUAUCAAGCACCAUUAAGAAAGUGAAGCUUCUUUCUCUAUCUACUUGCUGCCUCUCUGUAUCUUUAGGACCCGUAAUUACCUUUAUGACCUCACCGGACAUGAAUGUGAUUUUGAAAGGUGCAGUUGCAUCCUCUGUUAUUUUCUUAAGUGCCUCCACUACUUUGGCUCUUCAUUGGUUUGUGAGCCCUUACAUUCAUAAGUUAAGGUGGCAGCCUGGUUCAGACACCUUUGAGGUGGACAUGAUGACGUGGCUAGCAACGUUUGCUCCUAAAACUAUAAAGUUUUCUGACAUUAGGCUACCAGAAACUAAUAGGCCUUUUGUGACGUUUAAGGCCAAUGGGGAGUUCUAUUUUGUAGAUGCUGAUCAUUGCCAUAAUAAGGCACUUUUAGCAAGGUUAACACCAACGGCAAAAGCGACCCAAGAUUCUGCUCUCAAGAACUUAUGAUGAUGAUUUUGAUACGAUCAACUUGGGUUUAGUUGUAUUGUUCGGGAUCUAUCUAAAAUGAAAUGAACGUGAUGCAUUUCAAAUGCCGAGACACUAGAAAUAAAUAUGUAUACGUAUGAUGCAAUAUUUUGUUGAAAGUAUGACUUUUAGAAGCAGGGUUUUGUUGCUAUUGGUGCUUACAUUGUUAUUGUGACAGCAUCUCUUGCUAAUAUAUGUAUUCACUUUACCUGCACUUUGUCCUGUUUUGCUUCUUUGCUUGUUCUUGGUUAUAAACUUAUAAUGAAGAACCCUGAUUUACUGUUGAUUCUA